GAUUUUGACAUUGGGAGACUAUAUAUGUGUAUCUAGUCAUGCUGUGGGUAAGCAGCUCAUAACCAAUGAAAUCAGCCUGGAAAUCGCAAAGCCCAAUCACUAGUAAUCGUUACUCGAAAAACUUAGAACCAACCUUCGCUCGGUCAUCCCCGCCACGACAAAAUGAACGACUCCACAAACCCCAAUACAAGACGCGACAUUGUCGUGCUCGUCCAUUUCCGUCUUGUCGAAAGGCGUACCUCUCUGGCUCGAAACCCCAACCCUUUUUAUUUCCAGCGGAAUAGCUCCACUGCUGUGUUCGUACUGCCCAAGGAUGCAACCAUUGUUGAUUUUACUGCCGCCGCACUUUCUAUGAUUGACAAUGAUGAGCAUGGCAUUGCGACACGGGCUAGAAGUCAUAUGACUGAGCUUUCAUUUUCCAUAGAUCUGGGUAAUCUAUUUGUACAGUGGGCUGAUGUUCAUGAUCGUCUUCCACCAUCAUGGAUUAGAGAUGAUGAUGAGUUGGAGGGGGCUUUGAGAAUGAUGGAGAAGAGAGGAUGGGUGGACAACUUGGUCUACGAGAUAUCGGUUAAGGGUGCUGGGUAGAUAGCGGAAGAAUCAGGUUGCAACAGGAUGACAGGUCGUGGAAGAAAUAAUGCCAAGAAUAAGUAUUAGACCUGAAGAUAAAUCAUGUUUAUGAAAUGAAGACUGACACAAUUCAUUCAUUGCGCCGAGGAACAGAUGGAUAUGCGAAUCAAAGUUCAAUCAAUAACCAUCACUUCGAAAGAUCUCAAGGCUUUGAAUACGAUUCCAAGAGUUAAGGUUAAGCAACCAAUGCAAAGAGGCACAACUGAAUCAGGCAACCGAAUUCAGAUCCCUAGAAAUCUCCAAACUCA